AUGCCCGACUCCCAAAAGUCACCGGCACAGUCACCUAAGAGGGCGCUCUCGUCGACAACCAGUAGCAAUCCCCGCCGUUGCCAUCCGUCUCAAUCCAAGUCGCUCCCGAGGAAUAAGAAAGUCAAGAUUGAUCAUAGACCUAAUAUUUCAGGGGCACAGCCGUCGCCGGCGCAGGAAGAGGGUCAUCCGACUCUUCCGCAAGGAGAAAGUCGUGACUCGAGUAGUGACCAGAGCGCUGCCAGAUGGUUUGCGAGCAAGAACGAGAACGUGCUCGAUUCCCAAGACAAGAGAGGAUCACCAGAGAAUGAAUCUCCUUUCUACCUCGCCCAGCAGGGCAGUUUUCACCACUCAAAGAACCUCCGCUCGCACAAUGCAGAGAGUUUCGGCCCGCGGCCCAGAGACGACACUGAGAACGAUGAGUUACGGGGAGUCAUUGACGACCUCACCGUGGAGAACAAGAAGUUGAAGCAUCUUCUUAGGAACUGGCAGGCUCGGUCGAGUCCCACCAGCAGCAAUCCGGAUAGAGUGGUUGAGGUACGGUUGCAUGGACUUCCAGCCGAGAAGAAGAGGGAGUUGGAAGACCUAUUGAAGAAGUUUGCAACUGGCCUCACUGGAGAUUCUGCGUCGCAACCAAGUUCAUCGGGCCCGAUGGAAAAGUCUGCCUCAAGUGCUGGAUACGCCGCUAUAUCAAUGCCGAAGGCUCCACAACAAGAUCCUACUCAUACAGAUUCAGGUUACGCCUCCAUCUCUAACUCGGGAAUGCACUCAGCGUCGCAAUCUAGUGGUCUCCGACUACGCGAGCCUGUGUCAAAGAGUAAAAAGGAAACGGACAUCGAAAAUUAUCUGCACGACAUUCCAGACUCGCUUUUUCCGAGGGAAACCGUCUCUGUUAGUGAGAAUGCUAAGAUGGUGUUGGUGGUGCAGCGACUGGAGCAGCUCUUCACUGGAAAGAGGGCUGCGCCGGGUGAGCACAGCUUGCCCGUUCAGCAACAGAAGAUUUCUCGUUCCGCCGCCAAAGCUGAUCGGCGUGAGGAUCAGAGGUUGAACCGAACAUCGAGAGUGGAAGGCACUCGCGAAGCUCAUAUCCUUCCUCACGAUUCCAAGAUUAAUUUCGACGCCAUGGAGACCAGUGGUCAGCCACCAGGAAAUCAAUCCGGAUCCGAACUGUCUUCUGCGGAGGGGAGAGGUAUCCCGAGCUCGGGAUCCCCUGGAUCCCCGGAUCAACGGCCUACUCGACCAUUGGAUCUCGACAUCCAUCGUGCACAAGUCGCCGCUGAUAAUAUCGAGUAUAUUCGACAUCUAGGAUUGUCUUCGCCACAAUUCGAAGACAAUGCCGACAUCAAAGAGCAACCCUGGUUGUAUCUAAAUUUACUUGUGAGCAUGGCUCAGCUCCACACGCUCAAUGUGACGCCUGCCUUCAUUCGUAAGGCUGUCAAACAGCUGAGUACUAAGUUCGAGCUAUCAAAAGAUGGACACAAAAUACGAUGGAUUGGGCGCACCCCGCAAGUUGAAUAUGGCAAUCAAGAAAGUCCAGAGGGGGCACUUCAGCGCACCUCUGACGAUACUGGCGACGAUGCGGGCCGUCAAAGUGGCAGAAGUGCUACUAGUACACUUAAUGAAGCCUCGAACUCGGUCUCCCUUUCUGAUGACAAAGCCCUGAGGGGAAAGAUGAGCGGUACCUCUAACCUGAUGACGUCUACGACAGCAUCUUCAAAUCCCGCAAUCGGACAGCCGUCCACAAGCCAAUCCAAGUCGACCUCUGCAUUCGAGUACAAACCUAUCGUAUUUCAAGGGAAGAGGACAUUUUUGAAGGCCAAAAAUUCAUACCUGGAUUCUUCGAGUUCGCACGAGGAUCAGUCGCCCAACUCUGCUGGCCUCGUCCGCGCCUUCAGCCGAUCAAGCUUGAAACCCAAGGAAGAUGGUUACGAGGGCUACAUGACAUUUUUCAGUAACCCCUUCUUCUUCACAGAUCUCAGUGGUGAUAAAUCUCCCACAAAUGCCACGCUGAGUGGGUACAAAGGGGUGCGAGAUACUCUGGGUGUCGAGAAGAAGCGGCAACUUGUGGACGACACCCUGCGGGAUGCCCAGGCUUGUUAUUUCCUUUCUCCUUGGCCACAAGCACGCAGCACCUGGCCUCAAAGCUGUCCGGAAAUCGACAUGCCGCUUUCACCCAUCACGUGUGCAGGAGAGGACGAGACAAUGCCGCUUGAGUUUGAAGCUUCUGGUCUGGGGGGCGUUCGGCCGGAGGACAACUUUGCGCUCGACGUCCAGAUCGCCAGAAAGCGGCAAAGGCUUGAUGAUGGUGGCGGUAAGCGGACAAUCCGGCAAAAGCGACCUGCAAGAUAUACCUAUCAAAUUGCCAAUUGUAGGAAGCUGACUCUGCAACCUUCGCGGCUGCCACCGCCCAGUUAUGUCUUCUUUACAGCAAGCUCAUCGUCCAGUGCCGGGAAAGGAUACUAUGACGACGAGGACAGCCAGGAGUCCUCGGAGGCGGAAUAUUCUCCCGCGCCAGCUGGAUUCCUAUGGCAAUGGUCGUCGAGUUCAAAUGACCGACAAGGUGGUGAUGACGAUGCAUCGGUGGCAAGUUCGUCCCUAGGAGUGUUGGAAGCGGCACGAGCUAGGAUCCCACUUCCUGGAGCCACGAAUGAGCUAGGCAGAACCAUGAGCGGUAGCCUCGCUGCCACUGCCGGAGCGAGCUGGAGUGCCGCUUCCAACGACGCCGAUGCUGGCUUUGCCAACGACCUUAACGACGGCUCUUCGGACGAGAUGAGCAUGGGACCAUGA